UGCUGCGUCCAUGUUGAAGAAGCAGCAGACGCUUUGAGGGCUGAGAGAGAGAAGCACGAUGGCUGAACUCAGGUGGAUUAUGAUGUCUUCAUUGGUGAUGCUGCAGGUGUUGAGCUGUACAGUAACAUCUGUAGAAGCUUCAAACUUCACUGUGAGAGAUGGAAAUGAAGUCACUUUUCCUUGUGAGAGUGUGAUUCAUCAGAAGAAGUGUAACGGUACUACGUGGCUCUUCAGUUCAGGAAGUACAGCAUCAGUAGCGCUGUUUGAACGUGGGAAGAUUAAAGAAGGAGACAAAGAUAGAUCAGACAGACUGAGUCUUACAGAGGAAUGUUCUCUGGUUAUAACGAAGGUCAAAGGUCAGGAUGCUGGUGUUUACACCUGCAGACAGUUUAAAUCAGGAAGAGGACCACCAGUAGGGGAAGACGUCGUUCAUCAUCUGUCUGUUGAUACCAAAGCAGCAGCAGAACAACAUCUCACUGUCAGAGAUGGAGAUGAAGUCACUUUGCCUUGUGACACUGUGACUGAGGACCAGAACAACUGUGACUCUACUGAGUGGUUCUUCUAUCAAUCAAUAAGUGGAUCAGGAGUAGAUCUGGUUAAAAACGGGCAGAUUGUUGAAGAAUCCAAAGAUAAAUCAGACAGACUGAGUGUUUCACAGAAAUGUUCUCUGGUCAUAAAGAAGGUCACAGAUGUAGAUGUUGGUCAAUAUGUCUGCAGACGGUUCAAAGCAGGAGGACAAUAUGAAGAUGCUCUGGUUCUUCUGUCUGUUGUUUCCAUGACUGAAGAGACGAACGGAGACGAUGUGACGUUAAGAUGCUCUGUGAGGACACGUGAUCAAUGUCCAAACACAGUGAAGUGGACGAAUGGUGGUCAAGAUGUGGACAAAGACAACAAAGAAGUGAAGACAUCACAGUCUUCCUGCUCCACCUCUCUGUCCUUUAAGACUUCUCAUGUCUUCUACACAUCGAGCUUCACUCCAUUGAAGUGUGAAGUGACCGAUGGGGACAAAGUGAUGGAGUUUUCUCUCAGGAAUUCUCCCUCAGGUGAAGACAAAACAACAACUGAAUCAACACCAACUGAAGAGGACACAAAAGCAGACCAGAGAACAUCUGCAGUUUGGCUCUACGUCCUUCUGCCUGUUGUUCUCGUUGUCCUCUCCAUAAUCGUUGUGUUUGUCGUCAAAUGGAAGAUCAACAAAGGUAACACAACACGGACGAACAACAACAAUGACCCGACGGCCCAGCCGGCUGCAGAGGCCCGUCUCACGGCCGGUCCUGAAGAAGGUGUUUCCUACGCCACCGUCAGCUACGCCCAGAAGCCUGACCGUAAAGCCCAGGGUCGGGGUAACCAUGGCGAUGAUUCGGUGACCUACUCGACCGUGAAGGCGUCCUCCGCUGAUCCCAGCGAUCUCUACGCCAGCAUCACCUGACCACACAAACCAAACCCAUGUCUGCUUCUCUCUCUAUUUAGGGUCGCUUAAAAUAUGCAGUAAAAGCGCACACUAUAUUACGCUUUCAGCUUGAUGAACCUGCUCUCAUGCACUUCGUGGUGCUAAAACAUGCUGCUGCCUUUCUUUUAUACGCCAGAGAAAUAAUGCAUCAAAAUAGAGCAAUUUUGCAUAUUUUGUCUUUUUGCAUAUUUCUUUUUUUCAUCUUUUAUUGUUUGAUAUCUAAUGAUUCUGCCAUUUGCUUUUCCUUUUAUCAGACUAUUUCAGACAGAUGUAUUAAACAGCUGAAUAAGUUAAAACUAUGAGAACCCAGUGUCUUACUGUGCACACAAGAUUAAGAUUAAGAUCAAUUUAGAUCGUAAAUAUAUCUCUUUUAGAAGCUACACAUUUAGGCGAAAGAGAAACAGAGAUUCAUGAGGCUUAAAGGCGGUGCAAUUUGUUUUCAUGGAUUAUUGCAAGAAUAAUUGGCCUGUGUGCAAGGAUCUAAUGUGUAACUGUAUGAUUUGAAUGUAUUAUCAUGUGAAUUUCCAUAAUGGCAGAGUCAAACUAUCCUUUAAUAUUAUGAAAUAUCAUAUUAUAUAGCUGGAGGCUUCAAAUGAGCUCUGAGUUUUAUCCUCUUAAUGCACUGUGACCGUUUGUGUAUUUUUAAAACUGUGCAAAUAAACUGAACUAAAACUAGUUAACACAUGGAAAUUAAUAUUGAUUUUAAAUCAGGAAUCAGGAAUCAGGAAACGUUUAUUGCCAUAGUAUGUUGUACAUACAUGGAAAUUGUCUUGGCGUAAGGUGCGGAAAUUGCAGGUGAACAGCAUAGUUUCAAGGGAAAUAAUUAAACAGUGGCUACUGUAAAUAAAGGCUUUGAAUGCAAAAUUAUUGGGGUUUUAGGAAGACAAAAUAAAACAACACAG